AUGGAGAAUUCCAAAGAGCAGGUGAUACAGCUCAACCUCAACCUCAUUGUUGCUCGUGGCCCCCCCGUCCCUACAAUCCCUGUCCCCGUUGUCGCUGCUCCCCCAACUAUUACUGUCCCUGCCUUCAGGUCCGAAAAGUUCUCAGUCCCUGAACAAUUCGACGGCACACGUAGCAAGCUCCUUGAAUUCACCACCCAACUCCGAAUGAAACUUGAGGUCAACCACGAUCGAUUCCGAAACGAUGCAGCAAAAGUUAUCUAUUCCGUCAGCCACUUGGAAGAAAGCGCCCUUGAUCAGGUCGUUCCACUCGUUAACGCUAACCUUGCCGCCCCCUUCUCCUCCAUCACUGCCUUCGUUGCCAACCUGGAAGCCUUAUUUGGAGACCCAGAUCCCCGGGGUACCGCCCUUCACCAACUCGUCACCCUGAAGCAAGGCAAAGUGGACUUCGCCACAUAUUACUCACAGUUCCUCCGGAUUGUAGCCAACCUAGACUACAACGAAAAAGCCAAGAUCGAUGCCCUGACCGAAGGACUGUCGGAAGAUCUGAAGGAUGCCAUGACAUACCGGACAGACAGGCCUGAUACGGUAGAGGCAUACGCGACCAUGUUAAUGACAAUCGACAACUAG